AUGGAUGCGUACAAGUUAGGCUACUUGGACUGCACAAAUGGACAUGAUCCCUUCUAUGCCAUUGGAGAUGAAGACAUCAAGGUGCUCUAUCCUGACUUGCCCAUUGUGCAAAGUGAGGAGGCUAAUGUUGUGAACACAAAAGGAGCUGAAGAGCAGGUGGCUGAAGAAGCGGUAGCCGAAGAGGAUGAAGCAAAGAGGAUGCAGCUGAUGAUGUGGUGGCAGACAUCAUAG